AUGAGUAGGAUUCUAUUGGCUGAUAUAAAUCUGGAAACAAGAAACAGGGUUAUACGAGUUCGAGUCUGUAGAAUUUGGACAUGGAGAAGGCCACUGUAUGUGGAACAAGAUGAUGGUUUGCAGUGUGUUUUAGUGGAUAAUCAUGAUGAUGCAAUUCAUGCACUUAUGAGUGAGGUGGAUCUUGAAAUUGAAUCAAGGAGAAUAUGUGAGGGUUUUGUGUAUCAAAUUUCAAACUUUCAUUGUAUGAGGAACCAAGAGGAGUGUAUAAUUGUGCCACACCAAGUACAGUUAUUGUUUAAUCAUGAGACUCAGUUUAGACCAGUCUGUGAAAGCAUUCCUCCAAUUCCAUAUUAUUGGUUCUUCUUUGUCAAUUUUCAUGACCUUUCAUCGAGAUUGGAUGAUGACACGAUUCUUACAGAUGUGGUUGGUGCAAUCACUCAUGUUGGUCCAAUUCAACAAAUGACAUCUAAUGGUAAUAUUGGAACAAAGAGAGCUGUGGUGAUAUACAAUUCUAUGCGUCGGUCUCUAAGGAUUACGUUAUUGAACUCGGCAAUAGAUGAACUUGAUGUUUCUAUUGUGAGAAUACCUCCUCCUCCAGUUAUAGUGGUGUUCACAAAUAGCAUUGUUUUGCGAUCCACUCUGAGUACUUGCGUUUUCAUAAAUCCUGUGAUACAUGAAGCAGAUGAAAUAAGAACAAGGUUUAGAGAAUUGUUUAGUUCACAUGCGCUUCAAACAGCUACCGCUGCUGCAUCUGUAAUGGAGGAUUCCAUCUUUGUUGUCAAAGCUGUUAUCACAGAGUUUCUGUUUGGAAAUGGAUGGUACUAUACUUCUUGCAGUAGUUGCAAAGAAGAGCUUGAACAAUCGGAUACUUUUCUAUUAGGAUGUCCAGAACAUGGUCCUCAAAUGGGGAUUCCAACUUUUAGGAUAGAGACGUGUCUCUAUGAUGGAAGUGGAAGUAUUCAAACUGAGCUUAGUGGUCUUCCAGCAGAAACUCUUUUUGAUGUCACAUGCCAAGAAUUGGUGGACAAUAGUGGUUAUGUUAGCCAGGAAAUAAUUCCACAGGUUAUAUCUGACAGACUUUUAGUGGAAUGUAUGUGGCAAAUUGGACACGAUGGAACAAAGUUUCAAGUCAUUUCUGUGUAUCCCCAAUAUGGUAGAAACAGUAAAAGAAAUGAACCACUGGAAAACAAGUGUACCACAAUAGACGAAGUAGUGCAUAAGAUAGAUUUGAACAACAGAAUGUCAGGAAAAGAACCAUCUGAGAGCAUUCUUAGAAAUGUUGUCCAGUAUUUUCCAUGGCAUUGA